AUGGCUAUCGCUGGCGCCCAACGUAAACAGGUCCUCAAGGUCUUGAUGAUCUCGUUGCUCUUGGAUCUGAUCUCCUUUACCUUCAUUCUCCCACUAUUCCCCUCCUUACUGUCUUUCUAUCGCGCCCAAGACCCCUCGCCAAAUUCUCUCCUCAAUCGCAUCUUCCACUAUCUCAAUGCGUAUAAGAACUCUUUCGCGCGCCCAAUCGAUUCGCGCUAUGAUAUUGUACUGCUCGGUGGAGCCCUUGGCUCUCUCUUCUCCUUACUUCAGGCCUUCGCUGCCCCAGUCAUCGGUCACCUAUCCGAUAAACAUGGCCGCCGUCGCGCCCUGUUAGUCGCAAUGGUAGGAAACAUCCUUAGUGUUACCCUCUGGGUCUCUGCGACGGACUUCCGUACUUUCCUGGCUAGCCGUGUUGUCGGAGGCUUGAGUGAAGCGAAUGUCCAGUUGGCCAAUGCUAUUGUCGCAGACGUCACUGAUGAAGCACACCGCGGUGCUUCUAUGGCUUUGGUUGGCGCUUGCUUCAGUGUGGCCUUUACCUUUGGUCCCCUGCUAGGCGCUGGAUUGAGCACCAUCGACAUGGUAACGGCAAACCCGUUCAUUGUCGCAGCUAUUGUUUCCCUCGCUUUGAUCGCGCUGGAGACUUUCUAUCUCUGGGCAUGUCUGCCAGAGACACAUCCGCGACUCACGACACUAAAACAAGAGACUGCGAAUGAAGACGCAGACUCAUUAAACGGGAAAUCAUCCAACUUGAAGAACGAAUCUGCUUCGAGUGACCAGGUACAGAAGCCGCACACGAACAAUCCCGCAAUUCUCAAUGUCAUCCACUUCCUUUUCUUGCUCCCAUUUUCCGGAUUGGAGUUCUCUCUACCGUUCCUGACAACCACCCUCUACGCCGGAACUACCACUGCCAGCCCUGCAGCUCUGAAUGGUCGUCUUCUCUCGUUGAUGGGUCUCAUUGCAUCCCUUCUCCAGGGAACGCUUGUUCGUCGCUUGCCUCCACUCGUAACCGUACGCGCGGGCGUGGUAGCUUGCGCACUCUCAUUCUUCUGUCUUGCCCGUAUCUCUUCGGUAUCAGGCCUCUACGCCGCUGGCGCUCUCCUUGCAGUCACAAGCGCCACCGUUGUAACAGGUCUUAACAGUCUCGGCAGCUUCGAGGCUAGGGAUGCCAAUCGUGGCGCUGUUAUGGGCCGGCUUCGGGGCUGGGGUCAGGCGGGUCGUGCUACAGGUCCUAUCCUUUUCUGUAGCUUGUUCUGGUGGGCAGGUCGUGAGACGGCAUACAUGGUUGGCGGCGCUGCCAUGUGCGUUGUUGCAGUUGGAGUCUUCGGGUUCUUGAAGUCGCCUGUUGUGCAGCCUGUUGUGCACAAAAAGACACAGUGA